GUCGCAUAUUAUUUCGGCGCCGACUUCAGAGAACCUUAUCGUCGUUUACCUAUUGUUGUUUGAAUACACCUUCUCUUAUAUUGUUUGGGCAUAUAAAAAGUUAUAGACUACUAUUUGUAGAAUGGACUUUUUAUAGGCAUUGUUGUAAAACCCUUCACAUUCUUUCCGAAUACCUCCACUAGGUAGUUACCCUCUCUUAUAACUAUCGCAACCCACCUCGACCAGCAAUACAACCACACAACCCACAAUCCAAUGGCAACACCACGCACCCUCCCACGAACCGCGCGCCGCCUCUUCCUCUCUUCGCCCAAACCCUGUCCCCGCCGCAGCUUCAUAAGCCUCCCCUCCUCCGAACCACAGCUCCUGUCCGCCGCGCGACGACUCCCCUACAACCACGAGCGUCUGUACGAGCUAAUCGCCGACAUCGACUCAUACUCGAGCUUCCUGCCAUACUGCCAAGUGUCGCGCGUGACGCAGUGGUCCGAUUCUCUGUCCCCUCCCACCAACACCCCCACUCCAACCACAGCCAACGCACCCCGCCGCUGGCCCACCCUCGCAGACCUGACGGCCGGCUGGGGCGGCUUCGAGGAGACGUACACCAGCCGCGUAACCUGCCGCCCGGACCUCGGGAUCGUCGAAGCCGUGAGCGGGACCGGCGUAUCCGAGAUCUCCUCCUCACCACACAACAGCAGCCCAAACAACGGGGUAUUCCAAAGCCUCAUAACCCGAUGGACUGUGACACCCACACCUCCACAGAAGCAAAAGGAGUGGAGCGACGUCCGGCUAACCAUCAAAUACUCGUUUGCGAACCCGCUGUACGCGGCCGUCAGCGCCGCCGUGGCCGACAAGGUCGCGUCCGUCAUGGUCGAGGCCUUUGUCGCGCAGGCCCGGCGGAAGCUGGGGACGGGGCCGGAGGAGGCGCAGGCGUUGCCGUGACGAGGGAGGGCCCGUUCGGCCUACCUGCCUGCCUGCCUAGGUAUGUAGUAGGUAGGUAGGUAGGAAUGUAACCUCAUAGCUUGAUACGAGAUACGAUCGGAAUCAGAGACGGAAGAAAAAGGUCGGGAUAUGUACGAUACGUAGCUGCCUAGGU